AUGAGUCAAGGUAUUACUCUGAAUUUCGAAUACAUUGGUGCUCACAUCGAUGAAUAUAUUCGAAAUGAAAAUCUUUUUGAUACAUUCGAUCACGAAGACAUCAAAACAAUCAUGAAAUAUUCCAAAUUAACCACAACUCAGUUUAUUUCUCUUCUCAAACAAUCAUCACCAACCAUCAAUGCCAACAAAUUAUACAAAUGUACACGAAAUGCGAAUGUUAUUAUCCAAAACAUCGACGAGGUCUUUUCAGUUCUUAAAUCAGUCAAAAAAUACAUGAAAUUCAAUAUAUUUGAUGGCAUCAUUGAUUUCUUAGAGGUAAAUGGUAAUGAAGUGCGUAAAUCUGCAGAAGGAAUCACAAAACUUCAAGAACAAAAUCAAUCAAUUCAAAUUGAACAGAAUCAAACACAAGAAAACAUCAAUCAUUCACAAUAUCUUUUAACUAAAAUCUCAUCACUUAAGGCAACUAAUGAUUUUGAUAGUGUUUACCAAUUCUUUGAAGAACUUUCUUCUCAAGGCAAUCGCGAAAUUAUUUCAAAGGCUUGUGAAGAAGGACUUUGGAAGAAGACAACAAAGUAUGGAGAGAAUGUACUUCAUGUUGCAAGUGACAAAAGAAAUCUUAAUCUUGUCAAAUCACUUAUCGAAUAUGGCUGUGAUAAAGAAACAAAGGAUGAUGAUGGAAAUACUCCACUCAUUUCUGCAUCAGAAAAUGGUCAUCUUGAAGUUGUUAAAUAUCUUAUAUCAGUUGGAGCUGAUAAAGAAGCAAAGACUAAAAAUGGAUGGACUUCACUCAUUAAAGCAUCAAAUUAUGGUCGUCUUGAAGUUGUUAAAUAUCUUAUAUCAGUUGGAGCUGAUAAAGAAGCAAAGACUAAUGAUGGAUGGACUUCACUCAUUAAAGCAUCAAAUUAUGGUCAUCUUGAAGUUGUUAAAUAUCUUAUAUCAGUUGGAGCUGAUAAAGAAGCAAAGACUAAUGAUGGAUGGACUUCACUCAUUAAAGCAUCAAAUUAUGGUCGUCUUGAAGUUGUUAAAUAUCUUAUAUCAGUUGGAGCUGAUAAAGAAGCAAAGACUAAAAAUGGAUGGACUUCACUCAUUAAAGCAUCAAAUUAUGGUCGUCUUGAAGUUGUUAAAUAUCUUAUCUCAGUUGGAGCUGAUAAAGAAGCAAAGGAUAAGGAUGGAUGGACACCACUCAUUUCUGCAUCAGAAAGAGGUCAUCUUGAAGUUGUUAAAUAUCUUAUAUCAGUUGGAGCUGAUAAAGAAGCAAAGAAUAAUGAUGGAAAAACUGCACUCUCAUAUGCAAAGACUAAUGAUGUAAGAGAUUAUCUAAUAUCUAUUGGAGCUAAGUAA